AUGGGCAACGAUUUGGGAAAGGAGCUGAUGAAGAAGAAGUACAAGAAGAAGGAGAUCGUGGAUCUGCGUAAGCAGGGCAUCCCCGAGAUUCCCAAAUCGGUGCGCCAGCUCCAGUGCCGCGAGCUCAUCUUGGCCGAGAACGACAUUACCUCGCUGCCCGACGAGCUGGGCAAACUGGCGCGUAUCGAGGUGCUCGACCUGGGCAACAACCGCAUCAACCACGUCCCGCCCGCCCUCGGCGAUCUCGCCCCGACCCUGCGCGAGCUGUGGCUCUGCAACAACAAGCUCUUCUUCACCGCCCCGCUCACCCCCAACCUGGGCAAGCUGCGCCUCCUCCAGAAGCUCGACCUCAGCGGCAACCAGCUCGAGGAGCUCCCCGCCGAGCUCGGCCAGCUCUCGGCCCUCCAGUACCUCGACAUCAGCGGCAACAACCUUCAGGUCUUCCCGCCCGAGUUCGGCAACCUGCGCGCCCUCCUCAUCUUCAAGGCCGAGAACAACCGCCUCCGCGCGCUCGCCCCCGAGGUGGGCAACCUCACCGAGCUCAGCGAGUGGUACCUCGCCAACAACGCCCUCUCCCGCCUGCCCCCGCAGAUCGGCAACCUCCGCAACCUACAGGUGUUUGAUUUGUCGAACAACAAGCUGCAGGACCUGCCGGCCGAGAUGGGCUACCUGGCCAGGCUGCGCAGCUUCUCGGUGAACGAGAACUCCAACCUCAAGACCCUGUUCCCGCUCGAACAGCUGAACCAGCUCCAGUACAUGGGCCUGCGCAACACGCUCCUGGACGAGCUCCCAGAGGACCUGUGCACGCUGCCCAGCAUCGUCGAGCUCGACCUCAGGAACAACCUUCAGAUCGGACGCAUUCCUCCCGAGAUCGGCCGUCUCACCACACUCAGAAGGCUUGAUCUGUUCGGCAACAAGUUGACGAACCUGCCGGCGGAGAUCGGCAACCUGGUCAAUCUGGAGCUGCUCGACUUGCGCCAGAACUCGCUGGCCAUCGAGCUGAUCCCGCCCGAGCUGGGCCGCCUCACGCGCCUCGAGCGUCUGCUGAUGAGCAAGAACAAUCUCGCCACCCUGCCGGCCGAGAUCAAGACCAUGUACGCCCUCAAGGAGCUCGACGCCGCCAACAACGUGCUCCUCUCCGUUCCCGAGGAAAUCGGCUGUCUCUCCAACCUGCAAAAGCUGAACGUGUCGGGCAAUCGGUUGCUGACGCUGCCGCCCACUAUCGCCCUGCUGACGGCGCUCACCAAGCUCGACAUCAAGGGCAACGAAAUCCACGAGCUGCCCUCGGAGGUCGGCGAGCUCAGCAGCGUGGUCAAGAUCGACAUGUCGCACAACAUGAUGACCAACUUGCCAUGGGAGUUGGGGAGCCUGCCCAAGCUGGAGGUCAUGGACAUCAGCCACAACCCGCUGGUGAUCCCGCCGCCAGACGUGCUCAACAGAGGCACACCCGCCGUACUCGCGUGGCUCCGCAAGAACGAGAAGACGGGAAGAAACAAGCACGUCACAGGUCUCUCCUUCGUCUAA